AUGUUUGCUGAACGUUUAGUGAUCCCGAGCGAGUUUCGGGCGCGUUGCCUACAACAUCUUCAUCGAGGUCAUCCUGGCAUCCAGCGCAUGAAGGCGAUCACGCGCAGCUUCGUCUACUGGCCGUCGAUCGAUUCGGAUAUCGCUGCGCAUGUCAAAGCGUGUCGUAACUGCGCAGCUGCAGCCAAGAGUCCACCCAAAGUACCGCCGCUGUCGUGGCCCAAGUCAACGCAUCCGUGGCAGCGCGUUCACAUUGACUACGCAGGGCUCGUCGAUUCAUACUCCAAGUGGGUCGAAAUCAUCAGAACGAAGUCGAUCACAGCAUCUGCAAUGAUCGGAAUUCUACAAAGUCUCUUCGCUCGCCUCGGUGUGCCAGAAACGCUUGUAAGCGACAACGGUACGCAAUUCACUAGUGCCGAGUUUGCACAGUUUCGUCUUGAGAACGGUGUCGACCACGUGACAACGGCACCGUUUCAUCCGCAAUCCAACGGGCAAGCUGAACGGUUCGUAGACAAAUUCAAGCGAGCGAUCAAGAAGAUUCGAGAGGGAAGAGGACCAAUCCAGAACGCUUUGGAUAUUUUUCUGAUGACUUAUCGAACAACACCAAACGUGUCAGCACCAGGAGGCAAAUCUCCGUCCGAAGUUAUGUUUGGGCGCAGAAUUCGUACCAGUUUGGACUUACUUCGUCCACCAACUGUUCGGGAAACAAUUAGUGAAACUGUUCCGAGGUCGUUCAAGAAAAGUGAUGCGAUCUACGCCAAGGUGCACUCCAAGAACUCAUGGAGAUGGGCACCAGGGGUCAUUCUAGAGCGGGUUGGACAGGUGAUGUUCAACGUGUGGAUUGAGAGUAGCCGGAUGAUUCGUUCGCAUAUCAACCAGCUUCGAAGCCGAACAGAAUCUGGCGCCAAAACUUCUAGCUCGAUGGUUUCCAAGGUGGAUACAUGUCAGUUGCCUCUGGACAUCUUGCUGCGAGCAUGGAACCUGCACAAACCGAGCCAAUCACAAUCAACGGGUCCGUCUACACCACCAGUACCAUUGCCGCAAGCCGCGCUGGUUGCAUCAACGCUGUCCAUGCUCACAACUCCGGCUGAACAUUCAACACCAUUGAAGAGCUUGCCAUCCACGCCAACUUCACCAAGGUUACCGCUUCUGGGUUACACCAGAAUCAACAACAGAUAG